AUGAAAACCGAGCGCAGAACAUCAAAAACAGAACCACUAUCUGAAAGUGAGAAACGUCAUUUCAGUUUAUACGAGAAGCAGCCUCUUGGGUAUUUGCUUGACAAGCGGUUCAAGGUAAUUUUAACCGAGCUCAACCGGCACAUUCUCUUGCUUACGGAUUUGAAGGACCGAACAUACUUUGAUUCCGGUGAUUUCGCUCUUUCAGCAGGCGAGCGUGCGAUCGAAACCGGUGCCAUUGAGUCAGGCUGCGAGCACCCAAAUCGUGAAAAAAUCUCGCACCCUAACGCACCAGUCCCUAGUAAUAGCAAUGUUGACUAUGGUGCCAACAGAGCUUUGGAUAGAAAGAGCCUAAGCCCUGAAAGGAAGAGUCUGCUCCAUUAUGAAACAGGCACGACGGAUUCAAAGUAG